GCCUCGGUAAAGUAGACGUGGCAGUGACGUCGAAGCCGGAAAUGACCCGGAUCGGAACUUUAACUCCUGGGUUGAUUAGUUUUCACCAGAAACAUCGAGAGCUCUCGAAAUAUGAUCUGAUAGCGAUUCAAACAUGUGUGUACGUAUGAAGGAUACCUCACCUUGGAUGUGAGUUCGUCCGCACACCGGGAGCUCUUCGUAUUUACCCCCCACACUCACACAGAGCGGAGGAGGAGGAGGUUUGUGGUCAACAGCGGGCACUUGACCCCCUUUUCCCGACGGCAGGAUGACGUGCCGUGACCGGACCCUCGAGUUCCAGUCAGCCUGUAAAUCUCUCCAGGGCAGACAGCAGAAUGGAGUCCAGCCCAGUAAACCAGCUCUCAGCGCUCUCAGGCAGCGCAGUGACUUCACAGUUAUGGCCAAGAGAAUUGGGAAAGACUUGAGCAAUACAUUUGCCAAACUGGAAAAGCUCACUAUUUUGGCAAAAAGAAAAUCUCUAUUUGACGACAAGGCAGUGGAGAUCGAGGAGCUGACGUACAUCAUUAAACAAGACAUCAACAGUCUAAACAAACAGAUAGCACAGCUGCAGGACUUGGUGAGGUCUCGCGGAGCUCCAGGCGGCCGACAUAUCCAAACCCACUCUAACACUAUAGUGGUGUCAUUACAGUCCAAACUGGCUUCAAUGUCCAAUGACUUCAAAUCAGUCCUAGAAGUCAGAACAGAGAACCUGAAGCAGCAGCGCAGCAGGAGAGAGCAGUUCUCCCAGCCUCCUGUCUCGUCUUCUCCUCUGAUGGCCAACAACUUCAGGAGCCGCAAAAAAGGGGCCCAGGAGCCGCAUGCAGCUCGCGAGCCGCGCAAUGACUACCAGGGCUAUACAACCUCAAAUUUAAAAGAGAGCUCAGUCCUGAUGCAGGAUGAGUCCCGGAGCAUGGGGGAUGUGGCCAUCGAUAUGGACUCUCAGACCAAUCCCUUACAACUCCAACUUAUUGAUGAGCAGGACUCGUACAUCCAGAGCCGUGCAGACACCAUGCAGAACAUUGAGAGCACCAUUGUGGAACUGGGCUCUAUAUUCCAGCAGCUGGCGCACAUGGUGAAGGAGCAAGAGGAGACGAUCCAGAGGAUCGAUGCAAAUGUGGAGGACACUCAGCUGAACGUGGAGGCCGCCCACACAGAGAUCCUCAAAUACUUCCAGUCAGUCUCCUCCAACCGCUGGCUGAUGAUCAAGAUCUUUCUUGUCCUCAUCGUCUUCUUCAUCAUCUUUGUCGUCUUCUUCGCCUAAAGAGAGGAGAAGCGGUGGCCAAGGGGGAGGGAGGAAAAAGCACACCGAACGAGCAGGGGAAGGUGAAACUAAAACUGAAGGUGGACUGAGACGGCCUGGUACUUGAAGGACAGACCUCUCUAUCAAAGUGACAGUUUGAUGGAGGCUUGGGAUCCACUCAGAUUGAUACAGACUUGUCGGUUAUUCCCAAACCACAGACUCUCGGUUAAUUCAGUUCAGCAAAGAAUGAAGAUGCUGAACUCUGUCCAAAUAAAAAGAAUAAAGUAUCUAAAGUCCCCACUUUGUAUAGAGAGAGUAGAAAACUGCUCUUUAUUGUACUUUGACCAACUAUUCAUAAACAUUUAAUCAAAAUGGCAUUGAUUUAAUGGUUUGAUUCUGCAAACUGUCACUUUAAAUUUUUUUUUCUUGUUUACCCCCUUUGCCACAUGUCAUCCAUUAUUAUUAUUAUUAUUAUUUCAAAGCCAAACAACAGAACUGGAGAUUAUUUUGCUUCUUAGUUUACCUGCUUUUUAUUGAACAGCAUGACUGUGUCUCAUUUAUCAGCAAUUCUUCACUUACCACCUUUCAGUUGAUGUGAAAUAUUUUUUUCAUCCAUUUACAUUCAGUUUUUUCUUUCAAAGUUUAUUUGCCAAAUGGGUACUCUGAUCAAACUGUGACAGAAAUACAAAGACACUCGCUGUGGUCCAGCUUUUUGUCUCCUGAAGGCACAAGAAGGCAGUUUACAGCCAACUGAAGGGAGCUUUACAGGCACAAGCUGUACGAAACAUUGAUAGGUUAUAUAACAAAACUGUUUUAAAUCAAACUGUCUGGUUGCUAGCCAUGAGGCAGGUUGAACUGUUGGAAAAAGUGUAAACCUUGCACAUGCAGUGCUGCAGAAAGACUUCAGGAUCCAGGUUUGACAUCAGUGCUUAUGAAGGGGUUAUGCUGGUUUUGAAGGCCCAUUAAUGAAAAGACUCCAUCAGCCAGAUUCCCUGGAAGUGUCUGGUUGGAUGUCACUGUUGUAGUUUGCUUCCCCUCUUUAUCUAAUGUACAGGAUGUUAUUUAAAUGACCACGGCUUUUUAAGAAGAAAAAAACAUUCUUCCUAUUUUUUCCUCCAUUUUUUUUUAGCCAAAUGCCUUGACUUCAAUGUACAAAGUGCAAAUAGUGAUAAUGAUGUAUUGAUAAGAAAGUGCAUAUUAAUAAAAUAAUAAUGGGGUGCUGGCA